AUGUUUGAAUCCUCGGUGACUUUUUCAUUAACUCAAAUCUCUGAAGAACAGCAAAAAUCAGCCAAAUACAUUCGCAGAGAUACUACUAAACUCCCUAAACUAUCCUUAACAUCUCGUGACAAAACUGUAAGCCCUCGAUCCUCAAGGCGAGAAAGCUCAAAAAACACAACUUUCCGUUCUAGAUCCAACAUGCGAACCAACAGCUUCAACCAAAGUACGAACCACCUCUUGCAAACCAUCGACCAAUCAGUCUCAGAAAAGCUUGGAGCCCUAUAUACAAAUCCCAAAGAAUUGGUCGACACUGUCAAAAAAAUGGAGAAAAGCAAAAGUUCUCAUGACUUUACAGGGAUGCUAGACGUUGAUGUAGACUUCAAAAAACGUACCUUAAAUAAGCUGCUGUUUUUAAAGAAGCUUAAAGAAGACGAACUUAAUAGCUUAAAGCUGCAAGUUAUCACAAAUCAAACAACUAUAAAAGAAGUAGAAAGAAUGGAAAAUGUCGCAAGUGGAUUAAGUGCUAAAAUAGAAGCAGUAAAAGAAGACUAUAAUGACUCAGUUUUUGUGAAAAAUAGCUUAAAUUUUAUGAUUUCACAAAGGCAGAGCAAUAUUGAAGCUAUGAGAGAAAAGAUAAGAGAGCUGAAAGAAGAAAAAGAAGAGACCAGUGGAAAAAUACAAGAAAUAGUUGCUGAAAAGAGAAGAUAUGAAGCUUAUGCAAAAAAAGUAGGACUGAGGGUAGAAGGGUUUGUGGAGAAAUUAAAGGAGCAGAAAGAAACAACUGCAAUGAAAAAAGAAAAUUUUGUGAGUGAAUAUACAGAAAGAAAGUUCAUGAAAGAGUUUUUAAAAAAGCAGUUGAACCAAAAUAGUAUAAAAAACAAAGUCAGCGAAAAUGAAAGCAAAAUUCAAGGCUUGGAAACUCAUCUAGAAAAAAUUGAAGAUGAAGAGCAGUUAGAAAGCGAAUUCAAUGCUUGCUUAAAUUAUAUUAAAAGGCAAGAUCUUGUAUUCAGUAAGCUUAAAAAGCAAUCUAAUGUGAACUCUAUUGAAGAGAUUUCAGACUACUUUAUUCAGCUAAAAGAAGCAACAGCUUCUUUGAGCAGUUCUAAAGUUGACUUGGAAACCAAAAUUGAGCUUAAAAGAAAAGAGCUAGAAAACAUUAUACUAAUUAAUAAUUAUUGAAAAAUCAGUAUUGGCAUACUAUCCUAUUUUUAAAAAUUAAAUGAAAUAAACGGCUAACGAAUUAGAGAAUUUUUAGUCACUUUGACAUAAGAAAACUCUUGAGCAAACCAAACUCAACUGUUUGGUGGAGCCAAUCAUUGGAUAUGAAGCGCAAGUUACCAAAAAAAUUGAAGAUAAAGAGUGGCAUACAGAACUAACCAAAGAAAAAAUAAAACGCCAAGAAGACUUACUCUCCCAGUUAUCAGGAAUAUUGACAAGGCUUCUUUAUCAAGUUCAAGGAGAAAUUGCUUUGCAUGAUCUUCUUCCUUCGAACUUGCCUAUUGCUUUGGAAAAAUUCAAAGCAAGAACAGUAGAAAUAUUUGACUAUAUAGACCAAGAAUCAACAGUUUACCAGCCUACAAAUAUAGAUCAAGAGUCAACAAUUUACCAGCCUACAAAGUCUGAUGCUUCAAAAGAUAAUUCUGUAACAAUAGAAGUGCAUCAUUAA